CCCGCCCCUUCCCGGCCUCCCAACUGAUCAUGGAGGCCGUGGACGGGACUUUCAUCCCCAAAGGGGGUCGCGGCCCAACAAAGGUUAGGCACCGCUGGUCUAGGGCCAGUGCAAUGUAUCAAAAGAUUCAACAUGUGGCUACUUUUCCUGGUGGGGUGCACAACCCAAGGAAUAUUAUCUUCCAAAGGACUAGAACCCCCAAAAGGAACUGUGAAUCCUGAAGCAUACAUGAACAUAAGUGAGAUAAUCCGCCAUAGAGGGUAUCAUGCUGAAGAAUAUGAAGUUGUAACACCUGAUGGUUAUAUCCUUAGUAUCAGCAGAAUUCCUUAUGACAGAAAACAACUCUGGAACGUAUAUAGAAAACCAGUGGUGCUUUUGCAGCAUGGCUUUGUUUUGGAGGGAAGCAACUGGGUUACAAAUAUGCACAACAACAGUCUUGGGUUCAUGCUGGCAGAUGCUGGGUGUGACGUCUGGAUAGGGAACAACAGGGGCAACUCCUGGUCUAGAAAGCACAGAAAUUUUUCAGCUGGUCAAGAACAAUUUUCCAGUUACAGUUUUGAUGAAAUGGCCAGAUACGACCUUCCAGCAAUAAUCUCUUUUAUUGUGGAAAAAACUCGAAUCCCCAAGAUUCAUUUUGUUGGAUUUUCUCAGGGUGCUACUCAAGGCUUGAUUGCAUUCUCAUCUAUGCCAGAAGUGGCUGAAAACAUAAGAAUGUUUCAUGCCUUAGCUCCACUGAGUACACUCAGGAAUUCCCCAAGCCCUUUUGUGAAGCUGCUGUUCCUGCCAGAUAAAAUUAUAAAGUCUUUCUUGGGCAAGAGAGAUUUUUCCCUGAGAAGUGAAAUUAAGAGAAAAUUCAUCACUCGUAUAUGCAGCUCUAAAAUCUUCAGGAAAUUCUGCUCUUGGAGUUUGUCAUUUCUUGGUGGAUCUAAUGAGAAAAACCUAAACAUGAGCCGCAUUGAUGUCUACAUGUCUCAUUUUCCGGAUUCAACAUCUAUUCAAAAUCUACUUCACUGGGGACAGAUAUACAAAACAGGAAAAUUCAGAGCUUUUGAUUAUGGGAGUGGAAACCAGGAGAAAUACAAUCAGACUGAGCCUCCAUCAUAUGACCUAGAACGUAUGAGAGUCCCAACUUCUGUAUGGUAUGGGGAAAAGGACUGGUUUGCUGAUCCUGAUAAUGUCCAAGCUUUAUUGUGUCGCAUUCGCAAUGUAGUCUUUGAAAAUAGCCUAUCUAAUUGGACUCAUUUUGACUUUCUUUGGGGACUUGAUGCCCCUGACAGACUUUACAAACCACUUAUUGAACUGAUCAGCUUUCACCCUUAGUUGUAAUUCUCCUUCCAACCUUAUUAUUUUGUAACUUUAUUAUAUUGUUGUUGUUUUACAAAGGAAGACAAAGUGCAGGAUAUACCUUAUGGCGUUGUAAUAUGUUUUAAACAUAUUUUGAUUUGAAGCACAAAAUGCCUGCUAUGAAUCAAACCACACUGGCCCAUCAUUAUGGUGAGCAGAUUGUGUGAGGAGUUUAAAUAUUUCAAAGAUGCAUGGGGGAAUGUGGUAUAUUAUGUGCCUUCUGUGCACAGAAGAACAUUUUUUUAUCUCUCCAUGUGAUUCAUGUCAACGCAGGUUGAAUUACUAUCCAUCAUAAGGCUGAUUUUGCCUCAAAACAUUGUCACCCCCCAGGCACAGAAACAUGUCCUAAUUGUAGAAUAUCCUCUGAGAAUGCAUAUUGCCCUCUUUCAGCUCUGUUUUCAGUCACUCCAGGUUGGAUUGCUGAUAUUUGGCUUGAGAAGACUGUGUUUGAAGUCUCAUUUUCUUCUGAACAUUUUUGGUAGAUAGGAUGCACUGUACAACAUUCUGUAUCUGAUGCUUGCCGAUGUGAGCCGCUUUGUGAUAUUUUGGAAUUACAAUAGGUUUUGAUAAAUCUAUAAGCCUUGUUUGGAUAUUCAGCAGCCUGCAAUGCGAAUAACGUGAGAAGGGGAAGGCAAGGCUGAUUCCUGCUACCAGGCCUCAUUACCUCCCUCCAUAGAUUGGAAAGGGCACUUGUCCAUUGAGGAACUGCUGUAUUCAAGUAGCCUCUGUGCAUGUGCUAGAAUCCAGGUCACAGUUGUUAACUGCAUUGAGCAGCCUAUAGAGGGCUCCCUGACAUCGAGAUUAUCCUCCCACACUGGACUGCCUUCAAAGAAUAUUUGGAAACCACAAACAGUCCAAAAUUUAGCAACAUGAUUGCCAACAGGGUUCAUAAAAAUGAGCAUGUGACAGCUUACUGAAACAGUUGCACUGCCUUCCAGUUUGUUGCUCAUUAUUGAAAGAGCUGGUAAUUGCUAUAAUUGAGGAAAACAUAGUAUGCCAUUGCCACUAUAUGACAACUGGUAAUGCAGUGACCAAGGAUUUGGGGGGCACUGAGUCAUGCUUGUUUAGUAUUAUUCAUGGGACAGGUGUUAAUACAGUAUUUGCUUUAUCUAGACAAGGAGUUGUUGUUUUUCCAUCUUGCACCACGCAAGGGUCUUGCACCAUUCAGAGCAGCCCAGGACCUUAGCUGCUGACUACAUUAGAUGAAGAAAAGCUGCACAUAGCAAUGCUGUACUCACUGCAAGAAGAGUGGUUCCCAGUGAGCAAUGCUUCAUGUAUUGACUAGAAUAGCCUUUAGGGCAGGAUAUAAAUAUCAUAAAUAAAUAAAUAAAUAAAUUUGGACAUCCAGACUCAGCCACCAGCCAAAGUGCAACCCAAAACCUUUGCUGUUGAGUAAAAUAAUAACCCAUUCACCAGCUCAAAUAGAUAAGCAACACACUAAUAUCUCUACUCACCUGCCCAUUCCUCCUAAUCAACUAUAACAUAAUGAGUAAAUGCAGUGUGUGGCUCCAAGGGCCCCUAGAAUAGUAUAGUAAUAAUUACAAGUACUGAUGUUUUAAUGACCCACAAAUUACUUAUUGACGGUAAUGCUCCAAGUGAUGACUUUUACAGUCCUGAAUAUUUUAGGACCUUGUUAUUUAGAGUUGCUCCCAGAUAGUUGUUGUUGUGUACCUUCAUGUUGUUCCUGACGUAUGGUGAGACUAAGGUGAACCUAUUGAGGGU